CCCGAACUGGCUCUCUCACGCUCCGAAUCGGAACCAAAUUAGCCAGACAAUGGCGUCCAGGAUUGCCGAAACGGUCCCAAAGUUCACCUCCGAAACCCUACGCUCCGCCGCCAAACAGUCCGAAGCUUGCCUCACCGUUCCUGUCCGCCUCCGAAGAGCCAUCAAAAGAUAUGUCCGAGAGCAGGAGGAGCCACACAUGAAGAGGAAAGUGUUGAGCUUGUCGGAAUCGUUUAACGUAAUCAAGGAGGUGAAUCUAAUGCUUCCCACUUCCACUUCCAAAGAGCUUGUCGAAGAUCCUCUAAAGUCCAUGGAAAGCUCCAAGCGGUGGAAGAUCAAGAGCUCUUACGGCGACAUUGGUCUCAAGUACCGAGCCGACCAGACCGUCGCUUAUGUGGCUUCUCGAAUGCCAGCUGUUUACUGCGCUUGUUAUCGAGUCCUUAGUGAGGUUCGGAGGAGGUUACCGGGUUUUUCCCCUACUAGGGUAUUGGACUUUGGUGCUGGUACUGGUUCAGCAUUAUGGGCAUUGCGAGAAGUGUGGCCACGAUCUUUGAAAAGAAUUAAUUUAAUAGAGCCAUCGCAGUCAAUGCAACGAGCUGGACAGAACCUCAUAAAAGAUCUCAAGAAUUUGCCGCUCAUUCAGAGUUACGAUAGCAUUCAAAAAUUAACUCAGAAUAUCUGCAAGUCCGAUAGAAAGCACGACCUCGUUAUUGCUUCCUAUGUGCUGGGAGAGAUACCAUCACUGAAAGACAGAAUUACUAUUGUGCGCCAGCUCUGGGAUCUUACACGAGAUGUUCUGGUUUUAGUUGAACCUGGAACACCACAGGGAUCUAGUAUCAUAUCUCAAAUGCGAUCUCAUAUUCUGUGGAUGGAAAAAAGGAAAUGCCGCAAAGUAGAAGAUGCAUCUGAUGAAGCUUCUAAGCAUCUAAUGGCACUCAAAAGUGGUGCAUUUAUAGUUGCUCCAUGUCCUCAUGAUGGACGUUGUCCAUUGGAUAAUACUGGAAAGUAUUGUCAUUUCGUUCAGCGCUUGGAGAGGACAACAUCACAGCGUGCAUACAAGCGGUCCAAGGGAGAGCCUCUACGUGGCUUUGAAGAUGAGAAAUUUUGUUUUGUCGCUUUCAGACGAGGACAACGCCCAAGAGAAACUUGGCCGCUUGAUGGUAUGGAAUUUGAAACUUUGAAGGAGCAGCAUGCUAAAAGGAAUCCAGAAGAUCUUGAGAUUGACUAUGAGGAUCAAUUUGAGUCAGAAGCUGAGAAUAUUUCAUAUGAAGAGGAUCCAGUUUCCUAUGAUUCUGAUAUUAGAGAGACAGAUGUCAUUUCUGAAAAUGACGAAGAAGAGGAAGAACAAGAAGAAAGAGCUCCUGCUGAUCUUGGAAGUGGCUGGGGCAGAAUCAUUUACAGUCCUGUUAGAAGGGGCAAGCGGAUAGAAAUGGAUGUUUGUCGGGCAAACUGUCAUGAUGGCUCAGAGGGAUCCUUUGAGCGGGUCGUUGUCACACAGAGUAAGAAUCCUACGUUGCAUCAUCAGGCCAGGCGAUCACUUUGGGGGGACUUGUGGCCCUUUUGAGCUAAAAAAGAGGUGAUUUUUUUUUCUGUUUUCACAAUUGUAGAAGUGAAUCAUGCUUGUAUAUUCUAGCCUGUCCCUGUGGUCAAUGGGCCACUCCACAUCCAUGGCGUGGGAUUGAUUCUUCCACUCCCCCCCCCCCCC